AUGCGUACAGGAAGCGCAUUUUCUCUACUUGGGCUUUCAGCCCUUGUUCUGCAAGGUGUAGCAGCAAAAGGUUGGCGUGAUCAAGAAGAGUACUCUUGCCCCUCAAACAUCAAGAACGAUUGUACAACACAGGAGAGCGAGGGCUUUGAUUGGAGUGAUUUGGACCUAGGAUCAUUCGAUUCUUACAACGAUUACAAGUUUUCGGGUUGGAGUUGUGCCAACAAGCUUGGGAAGAGAAAUCUUGAGGGACGAACAUUCAAUAGCAAAUGCAUUGAGUCAGACUUGAGCAACAGCGAUUUCAGCAAUGAGAUUAGCUGUGACAAGGCCUUCUCUAUUGGCGAGCUCGACAUCUCUGUUGACGUCGAGACCGAUGUCGAAUUCCAUUACGGAAUGGAGGAUGGCUCUACUUGCAAGCAGACAAAGAGAUGUGGAACUGAAGGUACUACUGUCACCAACGAUCAAUGUGGUGGAGCAAAGACUGUCAAGGUCAAGCUUCCAAAGAACAGCGAGAAUACAUCAUGCAAGCUCGGAGUCCACAAGGUCAAGUUUGAGUGUGGAACUACUACUACUAGCGUCCCGGUCCCUACUACUACAAUCCCUACUGUUAUCAGCUCUACUUCUUCAGUUAAGGCUACUACCACUUCUGCCAGCAAGACAUGCACUAUCCCCAGCGAUUGCUCAGGUGAUUCUUGCACUAUGCCCGCUGGCUGCACUGGAAUCACUCCAACUGGCGGUGUCGGUGUCACUUCGGUCACUUCUUCUGUUGGAACUACCACUACUCCCGUCUCGGAGACUUGCACUGUUCCCAGUGACUGCUCUGGCGAGACCUGUACUAUGCCCGCUGAUUGUACCUCCGGCACCGUAAAGCCUACCGCCACUACCUCUUCUGUCGAGGGUACUACCACUGCUCCAUCAGAGACAUGCACCGUUCCUUCAGACUGCUCUGGGGAGACCUGCACCAUGCCUGCCGAUUGCACCGGUACCAACCCAACUGGAGGAGUCGGCAUCACUUCAAUCACUUCCACUGCCGAGACUGCCACCACCACUGGGCCUUCAGAGACUUGCACUAUUCCUUCAGACUGCUCUGGUGACUCGUGUACCAUGCCCGCUGACUGCACUGGUACCAACCCAACCGGCGGCGUUGAUGUCACCUCAGUCACUUCCACUGCUGUGACUGCUACCACCACUGGACCUUCAGAGACUUGCACUAUUCCUUCAGACUGCUCUGGUGACUCUUGCACCAUGCCUGCCGAUUGCACCGGUACCAACCCAACUGGAGGAGUCGGCAUCACUUCAAUCACUUCCACUGCCGAGACUGCCACCACCACUGGGCCUUCAGAGACUUGCACUAUUCCUUCAGACUGCUCUGGUGACUCGUGUACCAUGCCCGCUGACUGCACUGGUACCAACCCAACCGGCGGCGUUGAUGUCACCUCAGUCACUUCCACUGCUGAGACUGCUACCAUCACUGGACCUUCAGAGACUUGCACCAUUCCCUCAGACUGCUCUGGUGAUUCUUGCACCAUGCCCGCAGACUGCACCUCUGGCACCGUCAAGCCGACCGACAGCACCCCUCCCGCUGGCCCCACUACCACCCCUGCCUCUGAGACCUGCACCGUCCCCAGCGAUUGCGAAGGCGCAUCUUGCACCAUGCCCGCUGAUUGCACCGGUACCGGCCAUACUGGCGGUGUUGGUAUUACUUCUCUCACGUCCACUGCUGGAACUGCCAUCACCACGAGCCUUUCAGAGACCUGCACCGUCCCCAGCGAUUGCGAAGGCGCAUCUUGCACCAUGCCCGCAGACUGCACCGGUACCAACCCCACUGGCGGAGUCGGCAUCACUUCAAUCACUUCCACUGCCGAGACUGCCACCACCACCGGACCCUCAGAGACUUGCACCGUUCCCGCGGACUGCUCUGGCGAGACAUGCACCAUGCCCGCAGGCUGCACUGGCAUUACUCCAACUGGCGGCGUUGGCAUCACUUCAAUCACGUCCACCGCGCCUGGAACCGCUGUGACCACUGGCCCCUCGGAGACCUGCACUGUUCCCAGCGACUGCUCCGGCGAGACCUGCACUAUGCCCGCUGAUUGUACAUCUGGCACCGUCAAGCCGACCGACAGCACCCCUCCUGCUGGACCCACUACUACUGCUCCUGCCUCAGAGACUUGCACCGUCCCCAGCGACUGCGAAGGCGCAUCUUGCACUAUGCCCGCUGAUUGCACCGGUACCGGCCAUACUGGCGGUGUUGGUAUUACUUCUCUCACGUCCACUGCUGGAACUGCCAUCACCACCAGCCCUUCAGAGACCUGCACCGUCCCAAGUGAUUGCACCGGAGAGAGCUGCACUAUGCCUCCUGGCUGCCCCCAGACCACCUCCGUCCCAGCCAUCGGUGUCUCUACCACUGGUGAAGUCAAGCCCACUGAUACCACUUCUUCCGCGGCUGGAACCACCACUGCCCCGGCCUCAGAGACCUGCACUGUCCCAAGUGACUGCACUGGUGCAUCCUGCACCAUGCCCGCCGACUGCACUGGCAUCAACCCCACUGGCGGCGUCGAUGUUACUUCGCUCACCUCCACUGCCCAAACUGCCACUACAACUGGUCCUUCCGAGACAUGCACCAUCCCUAGCGACUGCUCUGGUGAUUCUUGCACCAUGCCUCCCGGCUGCCCCGCGACUGCCACUGUCCCAGCUACCGGUGUCUCUACCAGCGGUGAGGUCAAGCCAACUGACACCACCUCGUCCGCGGCUGGAACCACCACUGCGCCUGCUUCGGAGACUUGCACCGUUCCUAGCGACUGCACUGGCGCGUCUUGCACCAUGCCCGCUGGCUGCACCACCGUCCCGGCCCCUACUGGCGGCGUUGAUGUGACUUCAAUUACCUCUUCUGCUGGAACCCCCAUCACUACCUCCCCGGCUGAGACCUGCACAAUCCCCAGUGACUGCUCCGGUGACUCGUGCACCAUGCCUCCUGGUUGCCCUGCGACUACUUCCGUUCCCGCCAUCGGUGUUUCCACUACUGGUGAGGUCAAGCCCACUGAUACUACUCCUGCCGUUGGAACCACCGCUGUCCCUGCAACCUGCACGAUUGCCAGCGAUUGCACUGGAGCAACAUGCACCAUGCCCGCCGGCUGCCCACCAACCGCCACUGCCUCAGUCCCAGCUUCCGAGACCUGCACCGUGCCCGCUGACUGCUCUGGCGACGCCUGCACCAUGCCCGCUGGUUGCCCUGCCACCACCACCGGCGUCGUUGGAACUACCGGCACCGACGGUGUUACCGCAACCUCCACUGGCGCCGCCUCAACCUCCACUGGCACCACCCGCGGUCUCAACGGCAGCACAGGCAUCACCUCCGCCGGCAGCUCCACCAUCAAGGCCACCGAGUCGAUCCCACCCUCGUCCAGCACCGCCGGCGUCCCCGCGGUCACCAUGCCCGCCACCGAGUGCCCCGACCUCCUCCCCAGAUGUCUCAAGACCUGGAUCUUCAUCACCAGCUGCACUGACACCGCCGACCCAUCUUGCUACUGCCCCGAGGAGGACUUCGUCAACAAGGUCGUUGGCUGUCUUGAUGCGUGGUCGUCGGACGACGGCGAGGUUACCAGCGCCGUCGAGUACUUCCUCGGUCUCUGUGCGCCGUACGUCGACGAGAACCCGGCCAUUGUCACGGCUAUCCCGUCGACCAUCACGCUGCCGACCCCGUCGCCGGAUGUCCCGAAUGUCACAAUCAUCCAGACGAUCACCACUGUUGUGCCCUGUGAGCCGACCACUGUCACUACUGGCUCUGCGUCUGGCACGGUUGUCACUGUGACUACGUCCACGGCCACCCAGACCCUCACGAUCCCGCAGGUUACCUUGGUUGUCACCGCCACUGACGCAACGCUCGUCUACCCAACCUCUGACGUCGCCGCCACCUCUGCGCCGCCGGCCACAGCCACCACUAUCCCCACUGGCGUCCCUGCAACCACCACGCCGGUUUCUACUACGCUGAAGGCAAUUGAGACGUCUCUUCCCUCUUCUGAGGCGGGUGCUUCUCCCUCUUCGGAGUUGGGCACUUCUACAACCCUCAAGGCCAUCGGAACCACUCCUGCGGUGACCAGCGCCCCCGGAUUGACCACCGCUCCGGCCGCUCCUACGACGUUGGUGACCUCUGUUGGCUCGGGCGCUAAUGCGACCGGCAGCGCGGUCCCGGUGACUACUAGUGGUGUUCCGCUCUUUACUGGUGCGGCAUCGGGUAUUGUUCCUGGUACUAUUGUCGCUGUUGUUGGAGCCCUCGCUGUGGUGCUUCUGCAGUUGUAG